AUGGCAUUUCUCUUAUUGAAGGGCAUUCCGAGUCUUGCCGGUCAGAAUCAGGCGCCUCAAGCGGAUCCAGAUGAUUUUGUUGAUCGUCUAAACUAUCGUUAUACAGUUAUCUUACUCAAUGUUUUCUCAGCAAUUGUUACAAACAGACAAUUUAGUUCCAAGCAAAUCCAAUGUUGGGUACCAGCAAUGUUUACAUCCGGUUAUGAAGAUUAUACGAAUCAUAUAUGUUAUAUUACUAACACAUACUAUGUAAAUCAAACACAAAAAAUUCCCCGAACUAGUAUCGAAAGACACCAUCUACAAUUACUCUAUUAUCAAUGGAUCCCAUUUAUUUUGUGUUUUCUUAGUAUUCUUUUCUACAUUCCAAAUCUUAUUUGGCAAUCAUUAAUGACUCGAAGUGGUUUGGAUUUAAAAGAUAUAAUUGAAGCUGGUAAAAGUUAUAAAUCAAUUGAUAGAAUGGAUAAACGACGUAAAAUAAUGGAUUAUAUAAUUGCAUCUAUUGAUGAAUUUAUUGAUGAUCCAAGACGUGGUAGAGAAAAUCGAAAUUUAAGCAUACUUAAACGUGUACAAGCAGUAUUUUGUUGUAUGUAUGGAAAAUUUCAAGGUAAUUAUUUUAUGAUGGUUUAUCUAUUAACAAAACUACUUUAUGUUAUUAAUUCAAUUGGCCAAUUAGCAUUAUUUAAUGAAAUGCUUGGAAUAAAAUAUUAUCGUUAUGGUUUAGAAUUAAUACAAAAAUUAAUAUUACUUAUUAAAAAUGAACCAUUACAACAAUCUUAUCGACAUGAAGGUGGUCUUUCAAAAUAUUUUCCAAAAGUAACCCUAUGCGAUUUUGAAGUACGUGAACCUAAUCAUUUAUAUAAUUCACAUCGAUAUACUGUUGAAUGUGUAUUACCAAAUAAUUUAUUAUUCGAACAAUUAUUUACAUUUCUAUUUUUUUGGUAUACAAUGAUAGUUAUAUUAAAUUUUAUAUCCUUAUGUACGUGGUCAUAUUCAUUUAUUCGUCCUGUACGAAUAAAAUAUGUAACAACAAGAUUAAAAUUAAUUUUAAUACGACAUUUAAGAAAAUCUUUGACAACACCGGAAAAUACUUCUCGAAAAUCCGUACAAUUAAGAGAUGAAUCACUUUUACAUCGUGAUGAUUCACAUGCAGAUUUUGCAAGAAAUUAUUUAAAAUGUGAUGGAAUAUUUGUUUUACGUCUAUUAGAAACGAAUACAUCAGAUUUUGUUGUUACACAUGUUAUUGAAGAAUUAUUUAAUUCCUAUGAAAAAAAAGCUUCCCAACCAGUUGUUCUUGAAGGUUUAGCAAAAAUGAUGUCAACACUUGGACCUGAUCAAGGUUUAUUAAGUUUAGGCAAAUUACUUUUUUUACCUGUUAUGUCUGAUCCAAAAAUCGCUGCUAGUUUUGGUGGUGGAUAUCCAAUUACUGAUAAUAAAAUGCUUCUACCUAGUUUAACAACAACAACGACAACUACAGAUGAUCCUCUUCGUAAUCUACCGAAAUUACUUGUCCCACCAACACCUACACGUCGACGUUCAUCAGUAAUUACAAUAAGUUCUCAUCGAUCACCAACUGGCUCAAUUAUCGAACAGACAGAUACUGCUACAAGAAAUUCAUUUUCACCAACACAACCUACUCAGACAAAACCUGGUGUUGAUGAGAUAACUGAAAUAUUACGAGAGCGUCGACAGAGGAUCAAAGGAAAGAAACGCUAA